GUGAAAAAAAUGGCUGCCAACCUGUGCCUGUCACUCGUCUGCUAACCUAGAAAAAAGUAUAGCAAAAAUCAGUAAUAAUACGUUUGUUUCACAAAAUAGAAGCAAAUAGGAAUAAUAAAUAAUGGCAUAUUUGUUUCAACCCGAUUAUGUGAAAUAUGCAUGCAGUUGCGGAUCUUUGAAACCAAUCUCCAAGAUUUAUUUCUGCCGACACUGCCUGAAAAUUCGAUGCGGUUACUGUGUUUGUCACGAGGUAGACUCUCAUUACUGCCCAAGUUGCUUGGAGAAUUUACCCUCCACGGAAGUUCGUCUAAAGAAAAACAAAUGUUUGAACUGCUUUGACUGUCCUUGUUGUUUUCAAACUUUAUCGGUUCGAGCCGGACAUGCACCGAUAAAACAAGCACCUACUGCUGAAGACCAAAAAGCUCCUCCAAAAAAAGUUUACUAUCUUUUUUGUUCCUUAUGCCGAUGGAGUUCCAGAGACGCUGGUAUUCCCGACCAAUACGUUGCAACUGGCAGCUGGCCUGAACAAGAAAACCCUAACACGAAUAGAAUUAACGUUUUGAUAGAUUAUCACAAAAUAUUAGCUGCUAAAGAAAAAGAACAACGUGACCGGAAAAAGAUACAUGCUUUUCUGCAAUUUGAAAAGUUUGGAUUGACUUCUGCAAUGGCUCGAAAACGGGCUGGUCGGCCUCCAUUGCCUCAAUCAAAAUUUCAGCAGAGUGAUCGACCAUCACCUGCCGUAGCAUCCGAAGAAGUAGAAGAAUUACCGGAGGAUAUUUUUACAGCGCCUCUUGACAUUACAAAAAUUACGACUUUAGAGCAACGGCUUCAUCACCCGGAAGUACAGGCUGAAAAAAUAAACGAAUUACGCCCGCAACAUAAGCAGUUUUUAGUGAAAAGAUCCCAACGUUGUCGAACUUGUGAACAUAACGUCAGCAAGCCAGAAUUCUCACCUCAGUCUAUAAAGUUUAAGAUUCAACUCGCUGCUUUCUAUCACGUGCCAGAAAUACGAAUCGUCACUUGCGAGCCCUUAAGGGCGGGAAAAACAAGUGAACUUCUCCUGAAGUUUUGUAAUCCAACACAACAUCAAACUCAAAUUACUUUGCUUCCAUUAGACACGCCAACAACACCCACGACAAUAACCGCGGCUGGUGAAAAAGUUGAGGUCAAACGUGAAACUAUGCAACUUGGCACUGAGUCUCCUAAUUUACUUCCUUCAGCAGUACGUCAAGUCGUCGUAACGGAAGAUCCAAAGCCGAUAACAAUUUCUGUAAAUGCAGAACUUACUCUGCCGCACAGUUCUCUGAUUCUCCCUCCUAGAGAUGAUACUGCGGAAUAUGAUGACACUGGAGAUACACAUAAUUUCCAAGAUGAUCCAAAAUUGGUUGUUUGGCGGAAAGGAAACAAGGCGGUGGUGAGAUUGUACGUAACACCGGAACUUGGUGAAGAAAACAAAGAAGGAGAUUCCGUGAUUGUAGGUUUCGUAAUGCAGUAUGGAUAUGUGAAUACGAUUGCCACCUUGGAGCACAAAGCUCCACAAAAGCUCGAUUUGAGAGCUAAAUUAUUUUUAACAAUUGGAGACCUUUUGGGAUCCACAUAAUUUACAAUUACGAAAAAGUCUCGUAUUAAAUCUGCAAACUGGCUUUUUUCAUAUACUAUACAUUAUUACCAUCAGUUUGCCAACAUUUUUUAUUACUAAUCAAGUAAUAUUAUAUUAUAAAUAAUAAUUAUUUGCAUAGCAUCAUCACAAAUGACUAAAACUAUGAAAGUUAUUUCAUAAUUAUUGUUGAAAUAA